CGGGAAAUAAAGCGCACAGCACUGCUUCUUGAUAUCUUGUCGUCUCUCUCUCUCUCUCUCUCUCUCUCUCUCUCUCUCUCUCCGCAAGCUGUGAUGACUUGUCCCGUCAGGGAAGUGUCGUCCUCGGUGUUCGGUGCUGCUAAAUUCAGCCUGCGGACCGGUGGUGGUGGUGGUGCUGGUGGUGGUGCUGGUUGCGCGGUGCUUGGAGUGGGGACCUGUUGAUAGCCCGCCGGGCGCUGCAAUGGAGGUGCCAAACAGAGAAGAAUGACACUCAACUGAGACAGGAAGCCACAAAGACACAAUUCAUCCGAAAACAAAUCCGUCUGGCUACGAUGGAGAUCAUGGAUACUCAGCGUGCCUUGGAGGCUGUGGAGAGGCUGCAAGCCAAGUUGAAGGAGAGAGGAGAGGCCCCCACGCAGGAGAAGCUCUCCCUGCUGAAGACGGUCCUGCAGAGCCCCCUGUUCCAUCAUAUACUCAGCUUACAGCAGGCUCAGCGGAAGUCCCCAGCGAAGUCCUACCAGGGGAAGGGCAUUUCCAAAUCCGUGUCCAUGAACUGUGGCCCCUGCCAGGGUAUGCCGCAGGGCCUGAGCCACAGUGACUCCUACACAUGGGCCAUGGAGAACCGGAGGCCCAGCACCGCCCAGUCCGCCAACAAGGACGGCAGCGUCUGUUCCCUGGGCUCGCAGGAUCUGUCCUACCCAGACAUGUACCCAGACAACUGCAUUCCCACGGAAUCACAGUACUGCACUCCCCCUCGGAUCUCCCGCACCAUGUCGAUGGGGAGAAACCUGUCUGCUAUUGCUCAUGAGAGGCGUCAUGUGGAGAUGAUAGAGCUGACCAACGAUGGGAAAGGGCUCGGUUUUGGUAUCAUAGGAGGCCGGAGCACGGGAGUCAUGGUCAAGACCAUCCUUCCCGGUGGAGCUGCCGGGCAGGAUAAGCGCCUGCGUAGCGGAGAUCAAAUCCUGCGCAUUGGAGAUACAGAUCUGGCAGGCAUGAGCAGUGAGCAGGUGGCACAGGUUCUGCGAAACGCUGGUAGCAAGGUGAAACUGCUCAUCGCCAGGGAUGUCAUCAAGGACAACCACGUUUCCUCUCCCGCUCUCAGUCAGGACAGCUUGGACGACAAGCUCAGUGACUUGAAUGAUGACUAUGAGUUCAGCGUGCAGUUCACUAAAAACAGUCGGGGCCUGGGAUUCAGCAUCUCAAGCUACAUAGGUGACCUAAACUCAGUCUACAGUGCCGGUGUGAUAGUGAAGAGCAUAGUGAAAGGCAGCACUGUCGAUCAAGAUGGGCGCAUCCACAUUGGAGACAUCAUCCUGUCUGUGGACGGGGUGAGCCUGCAGGGCUGCAGUGAGCAGCGAGCCAUGGAAGUGCUGAGGAGGACAGGUCCCCUGAUCAGGCUGAGGCUGCUGAGGAAGGCUGUCCGACUGAGUCACAUCCUGCCCCCAGUUCCCCCUCUGCAGCCCCUCCGUCACUCCCACAGCUUCCACGAGGGCAAUCCAUACAGAGUGGGCCUCAACAAGAUUCAAGAGACAGGAAUCUGCUCUCUGCGCGAAAUCUCCCGGCGUGCAGCAUACGCCAACCGACGACCCCGACACGAUUCCAGAAACGGUGUGAAACUGACGCCGGCUGAGGAGGAGGACCUGAGGAAGAGGUGGCAGCACGCAGUCGGACCGCGAUUCGACGUUAUCGUGUGCCAUCUGGAGCGUUUCGGUGAGACAAGUGGCCUCGGCAUCAGUCUGGAGGCCCGGGCGGGACAUCAUUACCUGUGCUCCGUCUUACCUGAGGGGCCUGUUGGCCAAAGUGGCAAGAUCUUCACCGGAGACCAGAUCCUGGAGGUGAAUGGGAUCCCUCUCAUUGGAGUGGCACAUAAAGAGGUGGUCAAUAUUCUAAAGGAGCUGCCGAUGCAUGUUUGCCUGGUGUGCUCUCGCAUCGUGCCCCCCACAAUACCUGACAGUGACGAGGAGGACGACGACGAGGUCCGUCUCACCCUGAAAGAGCUGCUGGCGGAGUUCAACGACAAGUUGGACCAGGGCUGUGUCAUUCCCUGUCCUACGGCUGAGGACAUCACCAAGCGUGGCGUGCCCCCCAUGUCACCUCCUCUGGCCAUGUGGGAGAGAGAGGCACAGGUGGUCGAGCUGGAGAAAGGCGAGUCGGGCCUGGGCUUCAGUAUCCUGGACUACCAGGAUCCAGAGGAUGCCACUAAAACAGUUCUGGUAAUCCGGUCCCUAGUUCCUGGAGGUGUUGCAGACAGAGAUGGUCACCUGCUGCCCGGUGACCGACUCAUGUUCGUGAAUGAAACAGACUUGGAAGGCUCCAGCCUGGAUUAUGCUGUGCAUGUCCUCAAAUCCACUGGAUAUGGCCCUAUUCGCAUUGGAGUUGCCAAACCACUGCCACUGGAGCUGUGCGGCGGCUUAACACCCAUCUCAGAGAGGAGCGCCCAGGCCUCCUGCGACGACAAUGACAGCCACACUCAGGUCAGCCUGCUAGCUGAGGCAGAGGAGGCUAACACCAACAGCAACAGCAACACUCACAACUCCGAGGACAGCAGAAUCGUCCAGUCACAUUACACUACAACGGAAAACCAGCUGCGUCAUCGUUACGGCAUGAUGGAGGACGACAAUGGGCAGCAAGCGCCGCCUCUGCCCCCCCGCACCAGCUUUGAGAGGACAAUCACUGUUGUCCGGGGCAACCGUAGCCUUGGGAUGUCGGUGAGUGCUAUCAAGGAUGGCUCAGGCAUGCUGGUGCGUAGUGUGGUCCAGGGGGGCUCUGUCAGCCAGGAUGGCAGGCUGGGGGUUGGGGACGCCAUCUUGGCCAUCAAUGGAGAACCUACCUCCAACCUGACCAACGCCAGGGCCAGGGCCAUGCUCCGCAGAAACUCUGUCAUAGGGCCGGAGAUGAGAUCUACCCAUGCAGAUCCCAACAGUCUGUGUGACUCGAAUGACAUAACCUAUGUCGCAGCCCACCAGGUGGACGAGCACCGAACCCGUCUGUGUUUACCUCCUCUGGCAUCCAUCGCAGGAGACAGCGCCCCCUGCUCACCAACCCCACCUUCUGCAGAUCCUGCCUUGGACCUGGCCCCGGCCACUGCAAGAUCCACCAGUCCGGUCAGAGCUGAAGCUCCAGCUCCGACUUCAGCUCCAGCUCCAGCUCCAGCUUCAGCUCCAGCUCCAGCUCCAGCUCCAGCUUCAGCUUCAGCUUCAUCCGCCCUCAAACACUCAUCCUCUGUCAAAGUUAAGGCUGCAGCACUAGAUUCAGCGUUAGGCAGGACCUCUGCUUCAUUUAAAGCUCCGUUCAGAGGCCCGACCAUCACCCCGGCCCCAGACUCAAGUUGGCAGAUUCCUAAAUGUCUGCCUCACAAGAAGAACGAGGAGGCAAAAGAAGAUGGACAGAUUACGGAGGAGAAAAAGGACGACGGCAGCUCCGCCGACGGGAAAGCGCCGAAGCUGGGGCUGGAGAUAAAGGUGGACGGUAAAGAGGACGCAGAAGACGAGUUUCAUCCCCAUAUCGUAGUGACUUGGGAUCCGCCCAGGAGCGUGCGGCUGUUUCGAGCACCAGGCCAGUCCCUGGGCAUCAGCAUAAUGGGAGGCAGAGGCAUGGGCCGGAGACUGAGCAGUGGAGAGAUGAUGAGGGGAGUCUUCAUCAAGCACAUCAGCCCCGACAGCCCGGCAGCACAUAAUGGCACCCUCCGGACCGGAGACAGGAUACUAGAGGUGUGCGGUGUGGACCUCAGAGAUGCCAGCCAUGAGCAAGCGGUAGAGGCCAUCCGCAGGGCCGGAGACUGUGUGGAAUUCUUGGUGCAGUCCGGACAACAGAGAUCUCAGUCCCCUAUACUUCCCAACCACGAGAGGCUAACUCCAACACCGCUGUCCAACUCUCACAGCAGCAAGGAAGCAGAGGCUCUCAGUGGUUUGUUCCUUAGUCUCUCCCCUACAAACCCCUUCACUCCCACCCCCUUUAAGGUACCUUCCCCGACACCAGAUGGGAUGGAUCGGAGGAGCCCCGCAACGGCCACAACACCAAUCACAGCGGCAGCUGAGGACGAGGACGACACCGGCAGGAAGAAAAUGCUGCAGCGAUAUGGCAGCUUGUCUGGGAAGCUCCAUAUGUUUGAGCUGGAGAAGGACCCCGCAGCUCGGGGCCUGGGAAUCAGCCUCUCCGGGAACAAGGAUGGUUCCAGGGCCCGCAUGAGUGUCUACGUGGCAGAUAUAGACCCUCGGGGACCUGCUGGCUUAGACGGGAGGAUAUGUGUUGGAGACGAGAUACUGGAGAUCAACGGUCAGAUCUUGUACGGUCGGAGCCACCAAAAUGCCUCCACCAUCAUCAAUAACGCUCCGUCUAAAGUCAAGAUCAUCCUCAUCAGGAAUAAAGCGGCUCUGGGUCAGAUGGCGCAGGGAUCCAGAACAGAGUGUGAGGACACGGUCGACUCCCAGACAGACCCCGCAGAGCCUGGAGGAUUACCCAGAGACACCCAGCACAUCAUCCUACCUCAGGAUCACGUAGGUCUCGGCCUCUGCCUGGCGGAGGACAAGUCCAAGGACGGAGCGGUGGUCAGGUCCCUGAUCCAGCACGGCACUGCCAGUAAGGAUGGCAGAAUAAAGGUUGGAGACAGAAUCAUAGCGGUGGGUGAUGAACCUGUGGCAGGACUGUCUGUGGACAAGGUGUCCAGUUUGAUUCUCAAACACCGGGUCACUGUCAAGCUCUCUAUCAGCCGCCCCAAGAGUCUCUCCUCCUCUUCUUGUUUACCUCUGCCAACAUCUCUUUCCCAUCCCUCCUCUCUCUCUCUUGCUUCCUCCUCAACACUCCCUGCUGCCUCCUCCUCCUCCUCCUCCUCCCCUUCAUCCAUCAACACUGUGCAGGCCUGUCCCAAGGAACGAUCUGAUUGGCUGGGAUCAGCCCCAACAACUUCUGACCUCGUGAGCUGCCCAGUUGUGGCUGGCAGGGAGUCCACCAUAGAGAUCUGCAAAGAGAACUUAGGCCUGGGCCUCAGCAUCGUAGGAGGAUUCGACACUCUGCUGGGGGCAGUAAUAAUCCAUGAAGUAAAUGAUGGAGGAGCAGCACAGAGGGAUGGAAGGCUGCAGGCUGGAGACCAGAUAUUAGAGGUAAAUGGUAUCGACAUGCGGCAGGCCACUCACGAUGAGGCCAUUGGCGUGCUGCGGCUCACCACCCAGCGCGUUCGCCUGUGUGUCUUCAGGCACCAGGAGGCCUACAGGGAGGAGGACCUGUGGGACGUCUUCAGCCUGGAGAUGAGGCCGCGUCCCGGAGAGGGGCUGGGGUUCACCACUGUGGGCAAGAGUAAUGACACGGGCGUGUUUGUGUCAGAUAUCAUCAGAGGAGGCGUAGCAGAUUCGGAUGGCAGUUUGUUGCUAGGUGACCAGAUCCUGUCAAUCAACGGGGAGGACGUCCGUGCAGCAACAAUGGAACACGCGCAGAAGCUUCUGCAGAGUUGCAGUGGCACGGUCCACCUGGAGGUGGCUCGUUUUAAAGCUGGGCUGCAGUACUCACAGCGGAGCCAGAGCGAAGACUCCGACUGUUCCACGCUCACCCCCUCAAGCGAUGCAUCCCUCGGCCACCAGAGGGAGACAGAUAACAAAACAGGGCGCUUCUCAUUUCAAGACCACCCUGUCAUCAGAAAAGUAAUAAUACAAAAGGGUCCACAUGACUCCCUGGGCAUCACUGUGGCAGGAGGAGUGGGCAGCCCCCAUGGGAACGUACCUGUUUUUAUCGCCACCUUGGAUGCCGACGGACCGGCUGCCAAAACACAGCAAUUACAGACAGGAGACCGGGUCCUCAGCAUCAAUGAUGUGUCCUUGGAGGGGAUGACUCACGUUCAAGCCGGACUCUUGCUGAAAAACGCCACCGGAGCCAUCAGUCUGCAGGUGGCAGCAGGUUCUGCUGGGGUCAGCACUAAGGACCACAACGAUGUCCAUGCCCAGUCGUCGUGCCAGCCCAGCAGCCUGUCCCGCUUUCACAACAACCUGCGUGCUCGCACGUAUAAGACCAUCAGCCUGGAGAGAGGCUCAACGGGCCUGGGCUUCAGCAUCGUAGGAGGGUUCGGCAGCCCUCACGGAGACCUGCCGAUCUACAUCAAAACCGUCUUCAACAAGGGGGCGGCCGUAGAGGACGGCAGGCUGAAACGGGGAGAUCAGAUAAUUGCUGUGAACGGACACUGUCUGGAGGGCGUGACUCACUCUGAGGCUGUGGACAUCCUGAAGAAGACCAAGGGGACUGUAGUCCUGACUGUACUCUCCUGAGACACCGCUCAAUGUGUCCCAUUAUGUCGUCAUGUCUUCACAAAUAGCCUAUAAAAUAACAUAGCUGCUGCCCGUAGAUGUGCUUCACGCAAAUCUGAGAAAGCAAGUUUGGACAGUUAAGGUGAUGCAGUUUUGCUCAUAAUCGUAAAAAGGGUAUAAAUUGAUCUGCAUUUAGUUUGGGGAAGCUACCUCUGACUGCGAACGCUUCCUGGGUAUGUUUACAUGCACACAGUAUUCAAGGUAUCAAGGUUGAUUUAUUUGUCAUUUCACAAUUGAUUGAAAAAAAAAAAAGAGUUUGUUUUAAACUCCUUCCUGCCACACAGGAGAAAAAAAAAACUAUACGAAAGCAUUAAGAUGAACACAAAACUAUUUAUGGAGUGAAUUGGGGUGUGGAACGAUGAAUGGAGGAGUCUCAUGAGCCUGGGGAAAGACGCUGCUCUGUAGUCUGCUGGUACGGCAACGUAUGCUCCUGUAAGCUUUGAUCUUUUGAACUGUCUGGGGUCUGUUUUUGAGGAAGCCAGUAUUCAAUUGUAGAGUGCAGCACUCGAGCCCAGAGUGUUCAGUUUUUUUCAAAUGAGCUACGUGGGUGAGAUUGUAUUGAACACUGCGGCGAGAUCAACAAAGAGUACUCUGCUGUAGCUGUUCUUAUUCUCCUGGCAUGUGAAGACUGAGUGGAGGGCAGUGGGUACGGCAUCCUCUGUGGAUACGCUGGUUCUGAAAGCAUACCCAGCAUGAACGCGUAUUUCUGUGAAUGUGUUUUUUGACCUAAUGUGUUUAUUUAAUAUGCAUUUUCAUAUCCCAGUCGUGAUUAUCAGUCUAUCCAGUCUACAAACAGGUUGUUCUUUUUAAUUACCAUGGAAGCAGAGCUGAUGAUAAUAAGUCAAUACUGCAGCGCCCCAUCUGAUGAUGAUAGAUUGCCUCAUAGCGAUCCUAUUCAUAAUAUCUGUAAGGCUUCUUCCUGGACUCAGAUUGAGUUUUUCCAGAGGUUCUGUGCUUAGGGAUACACGUAAACAUUUAAAACACAAGAAAGCUCAAAGGCACUAUCUUUUUCAAGCAAUUAAAAUGCCUUUGUUGUCAUGGCGUGGUCAUGUUGGACCUCAACACACAAACUCUGACACAUUAAGAGUUGUUAUGUGUCACUGCCCGUGCGUCCCCAAAACCUGCCGACCGUACAUGAAUGCAACAGAAUCAUCACCUAAUGAAACACGUGUAUUUACUACUGUCUCCAGUCUCUUGUUCAUUAACUACUGUGAUAAACUCCUAGGACACGUAACAUGCCAAGUGCUUCUGCCAAUCUUUUGUAUGGCAAUAAGGUUUUAGGACAUUUUUGCUUUGAAAGACUUUUAUUCUCCAUUCUCAUAUUCUGCUCGUCAACAGGGUGUCAUGAUUGCCUGGAUGAUCAAUGUAUAUUGCGUGGCAUGAUGACGCUGAUAAUUAGCGAUGAUAACCACCUUAUGGUUAAGCAGGGAGUGUAGAAAAAAAGUCAUUUUGUUGCAUCUGUUAAAAGCAGCUGUUAGGUUAAAUAUCAGCUAUGUGAGAUUUAUUUAUUUAUUUAUUUAUUUAUUCAUUCAUUCAUUCAUUCUUUUCAUAAUGUUGAUUUUUUUUUCAGGACUUGCGUCAAGUAUUGUUAUAGUGUUAUGUGCAGUCUUUAUGUAGACACCCUCUCAAGAGCGUUUUAUAUGAAUGUAGGUACACUGUGACAUUUACUUUUUCUUCAGAGUUAUUCAUUUUAUUGUAUUUAUGUCAGUAGUCCUCAGAGCCAUAAUACACACACGUUUGUGUGAGUGUGUGUUUGGCAUUGUGUCACAUUGUACAACUGAAUGUACUGAAAGUGAUCUUAUUAAAUGUUCAUUUGUUAGA